UUUCUUGUUUGUACCAUUUAUAAGACUUUUAAAGGCUGCAUUAUAGCUCUUAAAAAUGGGAUUUUUCCAGAUUCAACAAAUUGGACAGUGCAUGUGUUUGCUUGUUGAUGUGCACUGUUCAGAGCACAACUACAAGGUAUUUCACCCACGAAGAGGAUGCACCUAGGACAGAGAUAGGAAAUCUGUCUAGUGAUUUAAAGAUUGAUCCGGCUGACGAUCCUGAAACUUCAUUUAGCUUCAUGCAAGAGAGCAACUCUUCCGUGAUUGAAAUGAGGAAGAUUGACGGGCUUCUGACGGUGGGAGAGACGAUCGACCGAGAGCAGCUCUGUCACAGAUCUCCACGCUGCUUCAUCACCUUUGACAUCGUGGCAUUUUCCAAAGAGAAGUUUCAGCUCAUCCACGUGGAGAUCGAGGUAAAAGACAUCAACGACCACUCACCCGAGUUUCCGCAGAAUGAGACACAUUUGGAGAUCCUGGAGAAUGUCCCGCUGGACUCAAGGUUCUCACUUGACAUUGCUCUCGACCAGGACGUGGGUAACAACUACAUUCAGAGCUACAACAUUUCUGCCUCCAGUCAUUUUGCUAUUGAAGUGCAUGAAAGAGAAGAUGGGUUAAAGUGUGCUGAGCUGGUGCUGGUAAAGGAGCUCGACCGGGAGGUGGAGGACUUCUACACAAUUGAAGUCACUGCAUUUGAUGGAGGAGUGCCACCUAAACAUGGCUCAAUGACUGUAAAUAUCAAAGUACUUGACUUUAAUGACAACAGCCCAACAUUUGAACACGCUUUCCUAAAAGUUGAGUUGAAUGAAGAUGCCCCUGUAGGUCACCGUGUUCUAAGAGUGCAUGCUUUUGACCCAGAUGAUGGCACAAACGGCGAGGUCGUAUACGCAUUUGCUGAUGGGACACUACAAGAAGUGAUGCGCCUUUUCCGUAUUGACCCUUAUUCUGGUGAUGUGACCUCAAAGAUGCAGGUAGAUUUUGAGAAGAAGAGAUCCUAUGAGCUGACUAUCAAAGCCUCAGAUUUAGGACCAAACCCGACUCCUUCAAGCUGCAAAGUGCUGGUAGAUAUUAUCGAUGUUAACGAUAAUGCACCUGAAAUCAGGAUCAAACCGAUGACCUCUACGAGUGACGGUGUGGCGUACAUCACGGAGGCUGCAGCUGCUGAGAGCUUUGUUGCGCUGAUCAGCACCUCAGAUCGAGACUCCGGCUCCAGCGGUUACGUCCAGGUCAGCUUGCAGGGACACAAGCACUUCACACUCCAGCAGGCAUACGGCGAUACUUUCAUGAUCGUGACCACGACGACUUUAGACCGAGAGAAGAUCCCAGAGUAUAACCUGACUGUUAUUGCAGAAGAUCUCGGCAGCCCCCCUUUCAAAACAGUCCGACAGUACACAAUCCGUGUCAUGGAUGAGAACGACAACCCACCUCUCUUCAGCAAGUCCAUUUAUGAAGUUUCGGUUAUCGAAAAUAACAUUCCCGGUUCAUAUGUGAUGACGAUUGUUGCUCGAGAUCCCGAUGUGGGGAAGAACGCCAAAGUCUCUUACAAACUGCUCAAUUCAGUGACGCAAACACAAGCUCCAGUAUCCACUUACGUUUCAAUAGAUUUAAUUUCUGGUUCGCUGUACACGUUAAGGUCUUUUGAUUAUGAGACUCUUCAAGAGAUUGAGUUGGUCAUCCAAGCAGAAGAUAGCGGUUCGCUCCCACUUUCCAGCACAGCAAAAAUCAGGAUUAGAGUUGUCGAUCAAAAUGACAACUACCCUUAUUUCACCUUCCCCGUCCUCCACAAUGACUCAGUGGAGGUCCCUCUGCCUGACAACGCACCUGCUGGCUAUCUCGCCCUUCGUGUCACUGCUGAAGAUGAGGAUGAGGAGACGAAUGGUGAACUUUCCUACCAAAUUGUGCAAGGUGACCUGAAGCAAUUCUCAAUAAACAAAGACACUGGUGAAAUCUCCUUAAAACAUCGGGUGGCAGCUGACAUUGGAGAUGUGCUCGAGCUGAAAAUUGCUGUGAGUGACAAAGGCAGGUUCCCUCUCUCUACUGGCGCCACUGUUAGGUUUGUCAUCUCAGACUCGGAGCCAUCUGAAGACCAAGUCAUCAUCAUGUUGCGGUCAGACGGCGAGGAAGGCUUCGGCUUGGAUGGCUCGCUCGUGGUCAUCGUUUUGCUCAGUGCCGGUUGCGGAUUAUUGCUGAUUGCAAUCGUGGCUGUCGUCCUUACAUGCAAACUCAGCUGUGGCAAGCGACAUCACAGCUCCAAGAGGGAAGUUUGUCACCGCGUGUUUGACCGCAGGCCCGUUCCCCUUCUCAGCCAAACGACACCGAACAUCUACGCAGCCCAACAAAGCUUCUUCCGCGACAGAACGGCUUCAUCGCUGGAUGAUUCCUGCCUGUACGAGGAGAGGAGCAGAGACUCAGAAACAAAGAUGUUCAUGCCCUCCAAGCAUUUCCAAGCAACAUCUGUGUGGCAAGGUGACAAAUACUGCUUGCAAGUGAGUGGCAUUGGAAUCACGGACCAGCUGAGCGUGAAGGACAGCGGCAAAGGGGACAGUGACUUCAAUGACAGUGACUCUGAUAUCAGCGGGGACGGAGGCAGGAAGAGCUUCAGUACUUUCCACCCCAAACUAAACAGUUCAUCCAAUGCUGCAAACAGUUUAUCUGGGGACUGCCAAGGUACCGACUCUGCAGUACAGAGCUUCAGAGCUGCCAGAGACAAUGCAUACACAAUAGGCUUUUCUCCAGCACCGGUCUACAACAGUCCUCGUGCAUGUCCAUUUUCUUGGAAGGAUUCUGGUUAUGGUACAAAUCAGCCAAAAUCAAGAAACAGCAUGCACACUUUCUCCAGAACUGGCACACUCCCUCCUUACUUCCCUCAACAAACACAAGAAGCUGCAGCUAGUGAUGAUGAAAUUGACAAGGAAGGGCCAAAUACUGCUGCAGCCGCUGCACCUUUGGAGGUCGCAACUAUGUUUUAGAUAAAAUC